AUGGCAGCCCGGACCGACCCGUUCCUCACGGAUGUCGAGGUUCCGGAUUACAAGGCCACGGCAUCGCAAGUCGAAGCAGCCCGUCGCGAGCACAUGGUGAGCCAAGAGGUUGCCGUGCUUAUCUUUGUGCCAUGGUCAUGCUAUGUUUUCAUGGUGCUCGCCUUCGCCUUGCCCCCGUCAGGAUUCCUGUGGAGCCUGUUGGCUGGGGUAUCCUGGCUUGCCAGCCUGCUGGUGGCACGCCAAGCCUACGAGAGACAUCUCCGAGGAGCCAGCCCAGUUUACAAGCUGCUGGCCCUGAUGGUGCUGUUGAGCUGCGUGGCAGGGCCACUGGUUGGAGCUCACAUCGAACAGAGGAAGAUGGCCAGCUAUUGGAUGCACAAAACAGGCGCAACUUACCGCGAUGUGGUUCCGACCAAGCCGUCCGAUGCGUACCAGGAUGCAAGCAUUCUGGACUUCUCGGCCAGCGCACGCUUGGACCUUCAGAGAACUCUCGGGAUCCGCUCUCCGGGCUCCGGCAUGACUUAUUGCGUCGCGCCAGUGAUUGAUACCUCAUCAUCAACAAAACAGGUGAACUAUUUCGCAGCCGACGUGAAUUGCUGUGAGCCACGUCGCAGUUUCCUUUGCGGUGAUACCGCGAAGGCGGAUGCCAGGACUGGGGUGGUUCUGCCCGCGAAGUCUUCUCAGCAUGCUGCAGACAGGUGGCAGCACUUCUUCAAGGCCGCUCAGCAGGCUGCGGAGGUCUAUGGCUGGGAUCUGCCUGAUCGACCUAUAUUCGUGCGUUGGUUUGAAGAUGCCGAGGGUGUUCAGUCAGAGCUUCUACACCAGGGUUUGGUGGAGACCUUCGUCCAGUGCUUUGCGGGACUGUGCGCCGCGGUGAUUGUGGCCAUGUGGCUGCACUGGUCCUUGUCCUACUAUGUGCAGGACAAGAGAGCUGAUCGCAGCAAGAUGAAACGUUGA